UAUUCGUAAUUGGAGAACAACUCUUCAAACAUAGCCUGCAACUACAGUCCCAUUCUGCAAUAACCAUUUGAAUGCACUGGCAUAUGGCGAAUGGGUUCAGAUUUUUCGUAUCUUCAGUAUGGCCUCAUUUUUGGCUGACGGACAGAGAGAGUCGGGGCAAGAAAAUGUUUAUAAGGCGGGUCGCCCUGGCUCUUUCUCAUCAGCGUUGAUCGUGCAGUGGCAAAGGAAGCAUCAACCUGAUAAGGCUUGCUGUCUUCAAUUACCAUCCUGUAAAAUCCUAAUUCAUUCUGUUUAUUUUAUGUUUACAGAAGUUAAAAACUAUAAUAAGAAUCAAGAUCAUUUAAACAUCAGCCAUGAAAACAGCUGUAGCUCUUUUGAUAACUCUCGUCGUGGUGGCCAAUGCUGCCCCGCAGUACCAAAGAGAGUACCCUAAACAAGGAGCUCCUUCCCUUUCGCAGGAGCAAUGGGCAUCUUUAAAUCCUGUUCAAUCUGAAAACAGUGAUCGUGAUGAGCUUGCGAAGCAGUGGGCUAGCUUCCUUGAGUACCUUCCAUGGCUGACAGGGCCUCCUGGACCUGUUGGACCUGCUGGACCACCAGGUUCCCCAGGUGGAGCUUCGAGCUAUGACCAACCCCAAUCUAUUGCUGGACCUCCUGGUCCGCCAGGACCUGUUGGCCCACAAGGCGAGAAGGGAGACACAGGUGCACCAGGUGUCAAUGGUGAACCUGGACCUCAAGGAAAUCCCGGUGCUGAUGGUGCUCCAGGUCCUCAAGGACCUACAGGGGAACCUGGCGCAGAUGGAGCCUCUGGAACCGCUGGAGCCCCUGGUACUCCGGGACAAAAGGGCGAAGCUGGAGCUAAUGGCGUAGAUGGAGCUCCUGGAGCACCAGGAACCCCGGGUAAAGAUGGGUAUCCUGGAGCACAAGGUCCUCAAGGACCUAAAGGGGAAACUGGUGCCCCUGGGAUCACACUUCCUUCUAAGAUUCCUGGACCCGCCGGCCCUCCUGGAUAUCCUGGUAAAGAUGGAGCUCCGGGAGCUGCUGGUGCUCCAGGAGGUGUUGGAACUGCCGGACCGCAGGGAUUGCAAGGACCUGCUGGCAAAGAUGGCGCUCCUGGUAGCCCUGGUAGUGUAGGCCCAAAAGGAGAGGCUGGAAACCCUGGUUAUAAUGGAGCUCCAGGAAAAGACGGACUUCCAGGCACUCCAAGCACACAACCUGGCCCCGUAGGACCACAAGGACCUGCUGGAUCCCCAGGCCCCAAUGGAGCUCCUGGAAAAGAUGGUUCCCCUGGUCCAGCUGGCCCUCCAGGCAAAGAUGGACUUGAUGGCGUUCCAGGAUCUCCAGGUUUACAAGGAGAGCAAGGCAAACCUGGGAAGGAUGGUUAUCCUGGCCCAACUGGUGCUCCUGGUACGCCUGGAGAUGUAGGACCUCAAGGUCUUCAAGGCCUACCAGGACCAGCUGGUGAAGCUGGCAAGACUGGCCCUGAAGGUCCAAUUGGGCCCGUUGGUCCUGUUGGAAGUGAAGGAAAACCUGGUCCGGCAGGCGAGCCUGGAACGCCAGGUCCACAAGGACCCGUAGGACCUACUGGGCCGGCUGGAGCAGAUGGUAAACCAGGCCAACCUGGAGUUACAGGACCCAUGGGCCCUGCAGGUCCACCAGGACCUAGUGCAAGUCAAACCGUAUACCCCAAACAGGAAUAUAAGAGCGCCGUUGUGCCUUAUAGCAUACCGGCUCCUAAAGACGAUUGGUACAGCAGCAAGUAAAUGUAAACAACUGCCUUUUUGCAUUUACAGUCUGGACGGUACGAAAUUGUGCAACAACAUGAUUUAUUUAACGUGAAAUAGCUAUUCAUCCAUGCAAACAAAAAUUGUAGGAUGUCAAAUUGCAUACCUUUGUAUUUUUGUAAAAUGUUAAUUAUUUAGCAUGUCAGUUGUAUACUGUAAAUCAAUCAAAAUGGAAAACAUACUAUACUGCAUCAAA